UUAUCGUCCCCUCCGCAAUCCUCUCUCCUCCGCCCCUUCUCCCUCUCUUCUGCUCAUAUCCCAUCUCUGACAACCCUAAUGCUGAAUCCUUCUUCGUCGACUCUCCCACCUUCGAUCGCCUUCGCUUCCACGCGAUCCAAUCCUCCGUCUGCCUCUCUCCCCCGCGCGCGCACACUCUCUCUCUCCUCGAUGGGCUGCAGCUAUUCCCAGCUCGAAGCCGACGGGGAGACCCGCUCCAGCCUCCGCCGGGUCCAGGACCAGCGGCGGCCGAUGGAUGGGCGGGUCUUCAAGGGCAGCUUCGUGUCCACCGCCAACCUCGUCCCCUCGGAGUGCUCCGAGGCCGGGGACGACCAUAACACGACGCAGCAGGCCCGGAAAUCCACCUCCGCUCAUGCAGCGUCUGGUGCGCCCAAUCGAGCGCCGAAGCAGGUCCAGGAGUACGAGGGGAAGAAGAAGAAGAAGAAGGCAGGAUCAGGGCCAGGGUUGAAAGACGAAGGCAAAGGUGGGAAGGCGGAUGAAGAAGAAGAGUUUCCGGGAUCGCCGAGCUUUAGGUUUUACACCGAGGGGCCAUGGGUGAACAACGACUCCGCUGAUGCCUCAGGUCACGGGAAAGACCAAGGGAAGACUGAUGAGAAAAAAAGAAAAUGAUUUGCACCAAGAGGAUGAUAGCAUCACAUCCUCGAGUUUGAGCAAGGAGAACCUGAAUGCCAAUCAAGAAGGGAAGGAGAUUUAAAGCUCUACCAAAGGGAUCCAAUGUUGUAUAUAAUAGCGUGAUGAAUCCAUGAUAGUGAAAGCCCAUCUUUUGUAAAUCCCUAUCCUUUUAGCCUUUUGAGGAUACUCUUUUAGCAUAACUUGUUUCUUCUUGUACCUCUUGGAAA